AUGACCUCCUCCUCAACAGUGGUGGUGGAUCUGCCGAGCGACGUUGCUGUUGGGGAGCCCCCUCGGUACGAAGUGGCCACCCUUGACGUGAAUCAACAACUCCUCCUGCGUUGGCGGGAGGGCAUGGAUACCGUGCCGAUGCCGCGGUAUCGUAGCACGGGGAUUAUUUACGCGAAACCUUCGUCGGCUGGGAACGUCGGGUUCGAGACGCGGUUUGAUGGCAAGUCGGUCGGGCAGGCUCAAAGAGGGGGGGGAGGCGGAACCCUAUGGGAUCCGCCAAGGGAGGCGGGUAUGCAAUCAGAAUUAGCCCUCACCCUGACAGAGAUCCCGGUUGGAAAGCAAUAUUUCCAUGCCUUGAGGGAAGCGUGGCGGCGACCGCCACCACCGAUUAUCGCUGCGGCGUUACCGUUGCCUGCGGAUCGGGAUGAUCUGUCGGAGUAUUCAAUCUUAAAUGCCAUUGAUAAUGUCACCAGUCCGCAGCUCGUCCCGCCGGUGCCGCUCGACUACAUGAUUGAAUUGUUGAUUCCGCAGUGGGUGGAUGAAGGCUUGUACGACGUCGUUCGUCGGCGUGAAAUGCAGGCGAGGGCGGCAGCACAACGAAACAAAAACUAA